UACUUCCCGGAAGUGCAGUGGGGACACAGGCCCCAUCGAUUCAACACAACUGCAGAGAUAAGCACUUACUAAUAAUAAAGCCGCGUUUGUAUGUCAUUUUCAUGGAUCGGCACCGCUAACACAUAUGGAGUGUCCAGAGGAAAAGCCGAUCAUCUACACCAUGGAGAACAAACCGAUCGUGACAUGUGCUGGAGACCAGGCUCUGUUUACGUCCCUCUACACCACUCUGGCCCAGCAGCUGCCCCGAGAGCCCAUGGAGUGGAGGAGGACUUACGGCCGCGCCCCCAAAAUGAUCCACCUGGAGGCCAACUUUGUGCAGUUCAAAGAGGAGCUUCUGCCUAAAGAAGGAAACAAGGCCUUGCUCACGUUUCCCUUUCUGCACAUCUACUGGACCGACUGCUGCGACACUGAGGCGUACAAAGGCUCUGUGAAGGAGGACAUGUUGCGGUGGCAGAACAGUUUGAGGACGCACGGGUCAGCGGACUGGGUCAUCAUUGUCGUGGAGAACAAUGAAACCAAGAAGAAGAACAAGACCAACAUUUUGCCGCGCUCGUCCAUCAUUGACAAGAUCCGCAGUGACUUCUGUAACAAGCAGAACGACAGGUGUGUGGUUCUGUCUGAGCCCCUUAAGGACUCCUCUCGCUCUCAGGAGUCCUGGAGCGCUCUGCUGUUGAAGCUCCGCACGCUGCUGCUCAUGUCCUUCACCAAAAACCUUGGACGCUUUGAGGAUGACAUGAGGACUCUGAGAGAGAAGAGGACGCAGCCUGGGUGGAGCUUCUGUGACUACUUCAUGGUCCAGGAGGAGCUGGCCUUUGUGUUUGAGAUGCUGCAGCAGUUUGAAGAUGCUCUGGUCCAAUACGACGAACUGGAUGCUCUGUUUACACAAUAUGUCCUUAACUUCGGAGCAGGAGACACAGCAAACUGGUUGGGUUCCUUCUGUGCUCCUGUCCGCUGUUGGAACGGUCUUUUGCUGCGGCGGCCAAUCGACAUGGAGAAAAGAGACCUGAUCCAGAGGGGAGAGGCCAGUCUGCUGGACCUCAGGAGCUACCUCUUCUCCAGACAGUGCACACUCCUCAUCUUUCUCCAAAGACCCUGGGAGGUGACACAGAGGGCACUGGAACUACUGCAUAACUGUGUACAAGAGCUACGACUACUGGAGGUGUCUGUCCUGGAGGGGGCGCUGGACUGCUGGGUUUUCCUCAGCUGUUUGGAGGUUUUGCACAGAAUUGAAGGUUGCUGUGACCAGGCGCAGCUGGCAGCCAACUGUUCACACACUGUGGGGCUAUGGGCCUAUGCUACUGACAAGUUGAAGAGCCUGGGGGAGUUGUGUGGGCUGGUCUCAGAGAAAGGGCCCACGUCUGAAGACUUGAACAAGACUGUGGAUCUGCUGGCCGGACUGGGAGACGAGAGGCCCGAAACUGUAAACAGUCUACAGAGUCCUUACAAGAAACUAAAAGAAGCUUUAUCAUCGGUAGAAGCUUUUGAAAGACACUAUCUUGAACUUUCUCAUGCUGCUAUGGAAAUGUACCAGGCAAUCAGUCGGAUGAGGUCUGCGCGGCUGGUGGGCAAAAGCCUGGCUGAGUUUUACAUGAGGAAAGGUGACCCUGAGCGUGCAGAGUCCUUCCUGCAGGAGGCGCUAAAGUGUUAUGUGUCAGAGGGUUGGAGUCUUCCUCUUACUCACACCAGGAAACAGAUUGCACAGUGUCAAAGAUUGCUCAACCGCACAGAGGAUUACCUUCAGACCAGUGCCUUGCUGGCCGGUGAUGAGAACCUGAGCUCAGAGGAGAGGGAGCACUUCUGUCAAGAAAUCCUCAACUUUGCCUCAAAGUCUGGAGACCAGGCUCAGAAAGUCACCUUGUCUAUGGGUGUAUUUGCUCACCUCACCCGGCUCCAGUUCCACCCAUCCACCGCCUCCGUCCACUCUGGUGCUGAUCUGCAGGUGGAGCUAGUGCUGCGCUGCCUCAUGCCGGUUUCUGUGCACUUACAACAGCUCGUGGCUAGCAUCCAUUUUGACAUUGAACAAACCAGUGGGACAUUGGGACGCUCCAAGGGGAGUCAGAGACUUACAAACCCUGGUAUAGUUGAGUUUACGCAGACUACAAACUCCCCUUCUUCAAAUGGGACGCCUGCUUUAGAGUUAGAUGAAAUUUACGAUAGAAGUCCCACGGAUAAUUCUCUUAACUCUACUGGAGUGAUCUGUAAAAAUACACACCUGUUAAUUCGGAGGCACAAUAGCUCGUCGCCGUCAGAAACACCAAAUGGUGCUAGUCCGCUAACGAUGAAGGAGGAGGCGCAGAUGCUAAAGGUCCACGAUGUGACGCUACAUCCAGGAAUCAACAGCAUCAAGCUAAAAGUACCGAGCGUUGAUCCAGGCACGUACACCCUUCGACAGCUCUGUGUGACUCUGGGCCAGGUGCAGUUCAUUCUGCCUCAUGUUUAUCCUUCAGUUCAGUAUGAAGUCUACUCUCAGGAGCCCCAGCUCACCGUCGAGCCGCUAGAAGAGCCUCUGCUGGCCGGCCUGCCUCAGUUCGUUCAGUUCACUCUUCUGACGGGACACUACACUGUGAAGAAGGGCGACGCUCUGCAGCUCAGCAACUCAGAGUCUAUGCCCAUCCUACCCUCUGCCACCUGUAGCGCCAGGAUCUGCAACACCGCUGGAGAACUUGUAGGGGAGCAGGUUUUGUCCAUCCAGUCCUCAGAGAAGGUGACCAGUAUCUCCCUGCCCCCCGCGGCCCCGUACCACAGCCUGAUGUUCCAGCUGCAGGUCCUGUGUCUGAUCCCGACUGGAGCUGAGAGACCCCCAAACGAGAGACUGACCAACGGAGAGGUCCGACACCGACCGCGGAGCUACAGCCACCCAGACACACCCAUGACUGCCAUAGACCAAAGGAUGUCCAUAGACUGUCCGUGGUCGAUCUACUCCACGCUGCUUGCCCUCACCUUCUACAUCCCCUUUAAAACCAAACACUCGUUGCUCUCUGCUGGAAACAGGAAGUAUGUGCAGGUGUGUUUGCAGAACGUGUCGGAUGAAGACUUUAAACUUGAGGAAGUAAAGCUAUUGGAGAAAGAGGACUCUUCACUACAGCUGCUCUGCUUAAACAACAAAACACAACAGACUCUGUGCAGCAAACACAGUCUGUUCUGUUUGUGGGAGGUGCGGUGGAGUGAUGAACUGCCCUCUUCUCUGCACUGUCUCUUCUCUGCACACUUCUCACCCCUGAACCACGAGCUCUCAGGUUCAAAACCCUUCCACUACAGCUUCCAACUCGACCGUGUCACUACCUUGUACAGCGUGAGAGCGGAAAUACUGCCCCCUGCUGGAGAGUCUCACUGUCGCUGUGGUCUGCUCUGUGCUCUGGAGGUCCACAUCACACGGCUCACUGAUGCAGCUGAGGGGGAGGUGAUCGAGGAGAGCAAAAGCGAAACAGAGGCGCCAAAGACCACCAAGCUCAUGUAUGAAGUGGCGGACAGCAGCAGUAACUGGGCGGUGUGUGGGCGUAGUUCUGGGAUGGUCCUGAUGCCUCUGAGUCCAAACGCGACACAUAAAGUCCAGAUCGAAGUCAUGCCUCUGUUUGCGGGUCAUCUGCCUUUCCCCCGAAUCCAAGUGCUCAAAUACCUGCCCCACUCUGCCGCCCCCAACAUACAACCCGACCCCGACAGUUGUGUGGAGAAUGACAGCCUCUCUCUCCUGGACAAAUCUUUGGACGACCAGGCCGACACAGCGAGUAUCCGAAGCCGUGGAAGUGUUCACUCUGUGGGCAGUAGCAGUGACCCCGCGGCCCCCUCCUCUCACCAGCAGAGGGCACUCAACAUGCCCCGCCUCGAACCUUUUAGUCCGGGACAAGUUUUCAACCACAGCCUAACGCAACAAGUGCUAGUCCUCCCCACGUCGGACGACCACAUAAUGGAAGUUAACGCUACAUGACACCAAAACUUUUACUUAAUGACUAAACCAGAACUAAACCAGGACUCCAAAAUCCUGUUCCAGUCUCCUUGAAGUCCACAUCGAAGGGACUAAAGAGCAAGCUCUUUCAAAACGCUGGAGACAAGAGUACUACAGACCAGAGGAGCAGGAGUAUUUAAAUAGCGAGUUUCUUUGCCAUAUCUUGUACAUAGCUCAUUGAAAAAAUAUUUGUAGGUAAUUCUAAAUAUAUAAGAAUCUAUAUUAUGGACUUAUUAAGAUUGCACCAAAGCCCAUGGAUUAUGUGUUUGACUGGGAGCGUCCAGGCUGUCUGUGGUGAAAGAGGAGAUUAAAAAGGUUUGCACAAAAUUCAAGUUAUAGAAAUUAAGAAAAAUAUGAAAUUUAGGUGUUUCAAUGUUAAUUAUUUACAAAGCUGAGAAGUUUCCCUUUUACAUGUUCCAUUGCAUUUGUUCGUAAUGGCUCUAUUUCUUCUUAAAGGCAAUGUAGCUUUUUUGGUGCUUGUCUCCAUGGAGAUGUUAUUAAUCCUGCUCACUUCAUGCAGAUGACUCCACUAGUCCAGGUUAGAAGUCAGAUCUAUGGGGAGGCGAACCCAUUCAUAAUAAGAAUGCUUGUUUUUAAGCUAUUUCUAAGAAAUCAUGGCAGUUUCGUGGAGACAGGCAGGUUGUGUAACUUACACAGUGCACCUUUACAUUACUACAUCAAAUGAUAUGUCUUGGUCAGAUCUGUCGCCUCAUUGCAGAAACGUCUCAAGUUUGAUUCCUGUAUCAGCCUCUGUGCGAGGUUUGCAUAUUCUUCCUGUGUUUCUUAGUAUCCUUGUUUCCCCCGUCGACUCAAAACAUGCACUGUAGAUUUACUCAUAUAUUUUAGAGCGAGCUUUUCUUUAACGUGCAAUUGUGUUACAAUAUACAAUAUUUCAAAAACAUACCUGGAGUUGUUUUGUUUCAUUUGCACUUGAAUAGUCUUGCACAUUUAUUUUAUCUCCCUCUCCACAGCUCAAAGCUUGCACCCACCUAGUGAUGUCAUCAGGUAGUAGUCCAGAAGUGCUCCUCUGUGUUUCUUAAGUCCAUACAACUUCACUACAUUCACUCUGAUCAUGUCAGUGCUCAAAUUGUCUUCACUACACAACCAUGUCACGAUCUGAUCCAUGUGACAAUGUUUGGUUUUUUUUGUGUUUUUUUUUCUUUUGGGUGAAAUUGUUUUAGAGAUUCAGGGCUUCUCUGUUAAAAGGUGCACUGUGUAACUUUUCUGGUGGAUGGUGAGUUUGUCUUAUGACAUGCGUUAAAUGUUUCACAGUAUGGACAACUUAUCCAUCUUUACUCUAUUAAAAGCAUUUUUGCUGUCAAAAAAUACUUGGUUUGGUGGAGUCAUCUGCUUCUCUUUAUGGAGAAUGCCAUGUUUUAUGCCAUUACGUGAAACAUUUCAGACAAAACAUCAUCCCCAUAGAGACAGGAAGGCACAUAAUGCAGCUAUUAAAAACAGAUUGGAAGACCAAGAUUUCCAAAAGUACUUUAUAAACAAUGCACAAAUGUGACCUUUAAACCGCACUACCAGAUAUUGUUAAUAUUUUAGCGGUAGAAAUGACUUAAAUUAGUUGAACAUUGCAAACCUUUUUUAAUUCUCUCCUUUAACCCUGUUCCUGGUUUAGCUGUGUGUCCGUCCAGUUUUUUGUUUUGUUUUUUAUGUGAUAACUGUAGAAGGAAUAUCACUGUCUUUUGUGUCUUUAUAAUGGAUGUAUAUUUAUUGUGCGCGUGCAUGUGGGCUGGGUAUGCGCGCGCCUUGACAAAUCCGUGUCCGAGCAGCUAUGCACACGGCGCCCUCUGCUGGUCACCCUCUAGAAACACAAACACUGGACUAAAAGGACAGCCUAAUGCUCUGAUCACUGCUGUACAUAUGACAACUGUAAAUACGGAUUCAGAAAUCACCUUUGGUUGCCAACUAUAUUAAAAAAAAUCAACGGAACUC